UCCAGCAUUGCUGUCCUGAGCCUCCUAAUUCCGGUAGGGGUGAUCAGCCCUCACAACUCAAAGCUGCUGGAGUAUUAGACGCCUGUUCUGGUUCACUACUUGUUGCCCCACAAUCAGUUGAAAAUGGAGAAAGCUGGAAGGUGUGAGCCGCCUGCCCCUUCUGUAUGAACAGGCUGGCCAGCAGAAGGCAUAAAUCAGUCUGCCUGCUCCCCUUAAAUUGCAAAUUAGGAUACACAGGUCGUUCAGGAAGUCAGAUACUGCACUGAUGACCGCCACAGGGGGGAACAAAGGAUGAUUUCUGUACUUGCAGAGGGCCGGAGCUUCAGAGUAUGCAGCGUUACACACCAGUGCACCCAUGCAAACCUCAAAGGCCCUGUAAUACUUCAUGGAUAGUGGUUCUUUUGUUCGCAAGUGGCAGGUGUAGGACUCACACGAACACAGCCUCAGAAGUCCUUCACAGCCGAGGAGGAAUCCUACCCAGGAAAUUGACUGUUUGGACUGGCACAGAAUUAAAUAAACCCCUCCGUGGCCACUGUGUUUCUUCCUGCUCCAUAGCAGUCUGAGGCCCCUGUUUCCAGCAGGAAACCGGCUCCUGGACCACUUACAUCCAUCCCAUUCCCAGAGCUUGCCCUGCAGCUCUAGAAAGGCUCCCUGCCUCCAAGCCAAGCUGUGGGCUGCCUUCCCGCACGGAUCUGCUGCUCCCGCACUCCGCAGCACCCGCAAGGCACUGCUAAGAGCAGAGAAAUCCCCUGGACCUGGAAGUAUCGUGGCAAAGCUACCGAGCAGCAGCACCGCCACCAGCAGCAGGAGCAGCACCGCCACCACCCAGGCCACCUCCUCCGCUUCCGAGCAGGCGCAGCAGCGCCGGGGCCGGGGCCGGUGGCGGAGCCGGGCGGGCCGAGAGCUGCUCCCGCCGGUCGUGGGGGGGCGGCUCGGCCGGGACGAGAAGCGGCCCGCAGCCACGGAGCGGCCAGGAGCUGAGGCGCUUGCACGCGUACCCGCUUCCUUCAAUGACAUCUUGCAGCGCCUGUCAAGCGGCUGCGCACCGUGAGUAUCUCCGGCACCGCGAAACCCCAUGUCGUGCCACCCCGCUAACGUGCUCAGCGAGCCUCGUAACCGCACGGGCCCACCAGGGCUGUGUCAGACCAACAACAAGGCACCGAGUGGAGCGAGCCGUGAGAGGUCCAGAAGCACUAGGGUACUUCAUUUCGUUUAAAUUGCUAAGACUGCAAACAUGUCACUGGAUGAUAUCCACAUGAGCACCCGGGAUUUGCUUGAAAAACAACAAUUAGAUGCUGGAGGAUGUGGAACAAUUUCUUUAUGCUUUCACAGAAAACAUGGAUAUGUAGUAUUAAAAACCGUGUAUACGGGACCCCAGCGCACUGAAUACAAUGCUUCCCUCCUUGAAGAAGGCAGGAUUAUGCGCAAACUACAGCACGACCGUGUGGUAAAACUACUAGGUAUAGUUUUGGAAGAUGGAAACUACUCACUUGUGAUGGAGUAUGUGGACCGGGGGAACAUGAUGAAAGUGCUACAGAAGCUCUCAAUACCUUUGUCAGUGAAAGGCCGUUUCGUGCUGGAGAUCAUAGAAGGAAUGCUUUAUCUACAUGAGCAAGGCUUAGUACACAAAGACCUAAAACCAGAAAACAUCCUUGUGGACGCAGACUUCCACAUUAAGAUUGCAGAUCUUGGUGUUGCUUGCUUUAAGAACUGGAGCCGGCUGACCAAAGAAGAGACUACCCGACAGAAGAAAAUCAAGAGCACUUCCCAGAACAAUGCUGGCACUCUUUUCUAUAUGGCCCCAGAGCACUUACGGAGUGUUAAUGUAAAACCUGAUGAGAAAUCAGAUAUUUACAGCUUUGGCAUAGUAAUCUGGGCGAUUUUUGCUAACAAAGAGCCAUAUGAGCAUGGUAUAAAUGAAGCUCAGAUUUGCUUUGGCAUCAUGAAUGGAAGUAGACCAGACAUAGAGGAGAUCAUCGAGAAAUGUCCAAUGGAGAUUAUUGACUUAAUGAAACAAUGCUGGGAACAAGAGGCAGAGAAACGGCCUACCUUUGCAGAAAUUAGUAAAACAUACAAACCAUUUUACUAUCAAAAUAUAGGAAAAAAUAUUGAAGAAGAUCUGAAGAAGAUAAAAAAAGUGUGGCCUGAGCCAAACGAAUUGCUGCAGAGGAUGCAAUCCCUUCAGAUAGAUGCUGUAGGGGAAGAUCCCAGUAAUGGUCAAAUAGAUCAGCCUAAUUCUCUACACAGCUCUGAGGGCCCCGUGACCAGCGAGGUUAAUGAAGCCCAGUUUGCUGCCUCCCCUGAGAAUCAGCCUGUUGAGAGCUGUGAGACCUCGUUUACGUCCCCUGACAAUCUAGAAAGAAAACUCCAGCGGGAAUACAACUACCACAUAUAUGGCAGCUGGAUGGAUAAACCAGGAGUACCAGGAGCUCCACACGUGGUAUACACCCCUGAAAUGAGAGAGGAAGAAAGGAGACGAAGAGUUUCCAAUGAUCCGUUUGCAAAGAUGUUUUCUGCUCCUCAGAGUGAACUGUAUCCAAGAGCUGAAAACACGGGAUCAAACACUAAUCCUUAUUUUCGGCCACAACCACCCGCAACACCGACACGGGGAAAUUUUGAUAUUUUUUAUGGGCCAAACCCUAAAAAUCUCCUACCAGGAAACCCAGAGGAUCUCUAUGAAUCACAUUCACCCGGUACCUUUAGCCUGAGCAAAACUCCUGUGCCUGAAUCUGGCACAAGCCUGCAUUCACAGACCAACAUAAACAGGUAUCCAAAGAAUACAGACACAGAUACAGGUAACAACGAUUCCACUUCUUUCUCAAGGGGAACUUUCGCGUAUUAUCCUCCUGUACCUCAGUUACCCAGAGAAGAUUCAAUCAAAUACAACAUAACUAACAGUUCUGGAAUUCAAAUUGGAUCCUACAAUCACAUGAAGAUUGAAGAGCAGAAUCAACACAUCAGCACUUUUCCUGUUGCUACAGAAGCAUCUUACAGUUACUAUGAAUCAAGGGGUAUAUUUGACAACAACACUGUCCUGACUGACAAUCAUCUGAACCUGGUGAGAGAGAACUUGGCCAGACAGUGGAAGCACUGUGCUCGUAAACUGGGCUUCUCUGAUCCUGAGAUUGAUGAAAUUGAUCACGACUAUGAACGAGAUGGACUAAAAGAAAAAGUUUACCAAAUGCUGCUUAAGUGGGGAAUGAGGGAAGGCUCCAAAGGUGCUACAGUUGGAAAACUUGCCAAAGCCCUCUUCGGCUGCCAAAGACUGGAUCUCCUUACUAGUUUGAUGCAAAUGAACGAGGAAUAAGUUGACUGAGGUCUGGGGGAAAAAGUGAGGAUAUUUUUUCCUGACGACCUUGCAAUAACAUAUCUCUGAACAGACUUUGAAGCUUUUUGCACGGACUUUUCCUGUUGGAACAGAUUUUUCUGCCAAGCAGUUUUCAGUGAAUACCUCCAGUAACUCACAAAGUUGCUGUCAAGAUAAUUAGGUCUUGCAGAUGAUAAAAUUUUCCUUCAUGGAAAUGGAAUUUUGAAACAUUACAAACAAUAAUACCAAUUCAAGGAAAAUGCAUUAUACAAAAUUCAUAGUCUGUUUUGAAACAUGAUGGUAUCUUUGUUCAGUUCUGAACAGUGUACAUUAUUUCAGCAAAGCUUAUGCAUCAGUUAAGAAUGUGAAAGACAGACUCACUUUGAGAGACUUGGACAGAAAGCAAAAUCAACUCUUAAAUUUUGGCAGUUCUUACAAGCCUACUACUUCCAAUCGCUCUAAGUAAAUGUGCUAUUAUUUUAAAGUCUUUUUAUAAUGUUCAUUAAAUGUAUAUGUCUAGAACUAUGCUGAACAGUAGUG